AUGUCUUCGUCUCCGUCGGCGGACAGCUCUGCCCCGCACCUCCGCAAGCCCCUUGUCACUAGCAAGGGCGCGGGCGGCGACAUGUCCAUGAUGUUCUUCGCCCAGCCUGACUGCCCCGCGAGGUUUGCCCACCGGGACGAGCACCGCAUCAGAGGCCUUAACGCCGAAGCCAUCGCCCGAGUCCUCCUGCCGGUGCCCUCGUGGCUGCUAGAGUCGGAGUAUGCAACCCUCCGGGCCGAGGGCGACGAUCUAGGACCCUCUCUCUUCUUUAGCCUAAACCUCUCCAUCUACGGCCAGCCAGUCGUCGAUACAGACUGGUCCGAGCAGUGGUUCUUUAUGAGCGGCCGCGUUCACCCCUACGCCCUCUCCUGGGAGGUGGAGCGCCGCGACGGGCUCGAGGCCGGCCCGGACGAUACUAUUCUCUACACCGUGCCCGCCCUUAUUGUCCGCGACCAAGGUUACCAGCCCGUCCUGCCGCGCUCCUUGGCCUCUAGCGGCCAGUUCCCGUCUACGCCUCCCGUUGUCUCCUUCCAUGGCGUCGUAGCCGGGCCCGGCCUCGACCUCCUGCGUCGAGAUUUCCUGCCCAAUCUCGGGCCCGACCAGCUCCGCUGCUGCGGCUUCGUCCGGCUCACGACCUACAUCGCCCCUGGCCUGCCGGACAGGAUUCCAUAUAAGGGCUACCACCCCUUCGAGGUCUUUGUUAUCUUUCCCGUCUACGUUAACCCUUGGGCCGUGCUAUGCAAGAAAAUCGCUGAAAAGCCUAACUCUUCCUUCCUGCCCGGCGUCCCCUUUACCUGCACCGGAAAGGUCGUCGGCCUUCUCGACCACCGCGUUAUGCUCUCCCCCCCGGGCUCGGAGCGCGAUUACGUCUUUAUCAUCGUCCCGGACAGCUGGACCUUUGUCGAUCGGCCCUCGGCGGCCGCCGCCGCCGCCUCGGCUUCCCCCCUCGCUACGCCCUUUAGGCGUCAGACCCAAUCCGCCUCCUCUACCUUCGAUUCCGUCCGUGCCGCCUUGUACUCUGUUGCCGCGCCGGCCUCGACCGCGCCGCCCCCCCUUUCCUCGGCCCCGGCCCCGCCAGCCCUCGACCCCGUCACGCCGCCGCCUAAGCGAUCGCCCCCGGCCCUGGCCGAUACGCCCAUGAAGAGGGCGCGCUUCCUGCAGCAGCAGUAUUCGCCGCUUUCCUCGUCUUCGAACACCGUCGGCUCCGCCGCCCCCUCCUCCUCUCCUCCGCCGGCCGCUUUUCCGUCUCGACCGGACGGCGCCCCACCCGUUCCCGCUCCGACGGCCAGCCCGGAUUCCCCUCUCAACUCUAUCGUCGCGAGCACCUCCGACCCGCCCGCACGCCCUCUUCGCUAUCGCAUGCAGAAAUAA